UCUCACUCGACUUCAAGAGAUCGCAGUAGAUCACCCAAAAUCUCAAAGCGAGACUUACAACAACAAAUAACCGCAAUGGCAAAGUCUAUUGCUGAACUCAUCGAGGUCCAAAAGACCGCCAAUAAGGCACCUAAUAUAGAAAUUCAAGCACUAAAAGACCCCGUCGAUAGUGCCAAUGAAAAUUCUGAAAAAUUAGUAGCAGAUGAGUCUAGUGACAAAGGUUCAGAGAUGAAAAAACCUAACGAUGGUGAUAUAGAGGAUGGUGAAGUUACAAUUGAAGAGGACUACCCGGAACUAGAUGAUGAACUUCUGGAAGUACUAGGCGAAGAAAUCACAGACUCAGGCUGUCAGGUAAAAGUUAACGAGAAUCUUAAGAAAUGGUGGAAGGGCUGGAUGGAAAAAGGUAUUUCAGAAGAAGUUAGAAAAGAACUUCUCAAGAAAUAUCCCAGAGAUGGUGAAUUCGUUACUGAGGCACCAAAAGUCAAUCUCGAGGUACAGCGUCACCUUACUGAGAUUGCUAAAAAACGAGAUGAACACUUCAAGCAGACACAGAGCUGCGUAGGAACAGCACUGUCAUCCCUGAGUGCAGCAGUCUCCAUGCUGACAGAAGUCUCAACAGAACCAGUCAACCAGACACUUCUGUUACAACAUCUCUGGGAUACGGGAAAGAUCCUAUCAGAUAUUUUUCACCAGCAGUCGGAGGCUAGAAAAUCCUUUAUUACGCCAACAUUAGACAAGGACCUUAAGCCUACUCUUGAUGCCAGUGUAUCAGACGAGUGGCUGUAUGGUCAAAAGUUAACCGAACAGGUUAAAGAGGCCAAAGCUAUAGUUAAAGCUGCCUCUACAUUAAAGGCAACUGAUAAACCAAUAGCUAAAAAGCCAGCUAGUAAAGUUUUUGCUCAGGGAAACGGGAGAGGCCCACCUGCGAGAUCCAGGCAGGUGGGCUCCCUCUUUUCGAGGAAAUUCACGGGCGUGAAUUACCGACACCGAGUUCCGGCAACAUCAUCGAGACCAGCGCAGAGAACCAAUACCGACAGGGGUCAGACGUCGAGGAAGAAGUAGAUACCAGGGGUAACGAGGAUUCUAGUAAGGCAACAGAAUCAUCCACUUGCUCGCAAAUUAUCUCUAAUGGUCGGCAAAUUAUCAGGCAAGCUUUCAUCAGAAAAGGAAUUUCAAACG